UCCGUGCAGUUUUGGUGACCGUAAACCGCUUAAACGGGAACGCGCAGGCGGCGGUGUCUGAAUGGGAAGUCUGGGAAGUGCGCGCCUGAUUACUGGAAGUGACUCCUCGGUGCUCUACCACCACCACCGCCACGACGACGAUGGUGGGGACGCCGCUGAUACGGUGCGGUGACGAAGGACUCGCAGGACGCAGCGGCUGGACCAGGCCAGUGCAGCCAGUCUCCGCGCGACCUCUUCCAAGACCUCUCCCACGACCUCCGGACGGCGAUGUGCUUCCGCGAGGGCCUGCUCGUCGCCGUGCUCGUCCUGGCCCUGGAGGCCGUCCUGGCCGCCCAGCUCUCGUACACCGCGCACCCCGGCCUGCACUACCGCCACGUCCACCGCGUGCUGGCGACGUCGGCCGCCCUCACCAACUUCACGAUGGACCUCCGACCCCCGGCCGAAGAUCACACCGCAGCCCUGGUGGCGCAGUUCAAGGAAGCCCUGCAGGCCAUCACGAGGGAGGACGGCGACAAGGCACCGAUCUACAACGUGACCGACUUGAUCCUGGACCUCUCCCAGCGGCUGGACGGCCACUACGACGCCACCAAGCUGGCCGCCAGGCUGACCACACCCCUGGACGUCCUCCUGAAGCACCGAGUCCGGCGGCGGCGCGGCCGGCGCUUCCUGUCCUCGCCCUUCGCCUUCAUCGGGGACUUCCUCUCGAGCUGUUGUGGCGUGGGCUCCUACAACGACAUCGGCCUGCUGAGGCAGAAGGACCUCGAGGUGGUCGCCGGGCUGAACGCGGUCAAGGAGGACGUGAAGACGCUUCGCGACGCACAAGUGCAGACAAGGAACGCCAUGGCCGACUUGGUGCAGCAGGUCAACAACAAGACUGCGGCCGUGGUGAACAGCACCGGCACGCUGGUCGCCAACCUCGGACGCCGCGUCAUACAACUGUCGCUGCAGGUGGCCACGAUCGCCGUGCUGGAGACGGACAAGCUGCUCAACACGCAGAGGAUGCAGAGCAUCCACGCGGCGUGCGCGGCCGGGCUCAUCCCCCUGGAGGCCGUGCCGCCCAGCAAGCUGCUGGAGGCCGUCGAGGAAGUCGAGGAGAAGCUUUCGCACCGGGAGGCGCUGGCCGUGCCGUCCCUGGAGCUGCUGUACAAGCUGGAGAUCGCGACGUGCGUCUUCUCCGGCGACGACCGCCUCGCCAUCCUGGUGAAGCUGCCCCUGGUGCCGGUGGACGAGCAGCGGUGGCGGGCGUACGACGUGCUGCCGCUGGGCUUCCUGCACGGCGCGGGCGGCGCGGCCAGCGUGUGCCGCCUGCUCCCGCGCGAGGUGAUGGUGGCCGUGUCGGAGAGCGGCGCGCUGCGCAUCAUGACGCCGCAGCAGCGCGCCAGCUGCCUGGACGGCCGCGUCUGCGAGGUGCCGCGGCUGGCCGAGGCGCCCGGGGUGUCCAGGGCCUGCGUCCAGGGCGUGUGGCAGCUCAGGGACGCCGGCGACGCGGCCGACGCCGAGCUCCUGGACAAGCUGAGGGGCGUGUGCUCCUUCACGUGCUCGCCGUACCGCGGCGCGGAGGUCACCCACCUGCAGAACAACUUGUACUCCGUGGUGAACAACGACGCGGACCUGGCGCUCAAGUGCGGCGACGAGUACACGCCGCUGAGCCGGACGCCAGUGGGGUCGCUCAUCGUGGAGGUGCCGUGCCGCUGCGAGCUGCGCGACGUCUCGCGGCCCGACGACGUCCUGGUGGCCUCGGUGGUGUCGUGCCACUCCGACCUGCCCACCACGCCAGUGGUCAACGUGACGGUCCCGGCCAUGUGGACCAACUACAAGUCCAAGCUCGCGGCCUUGCUGGCCAACUCGUCGUGGGCGGCAACCCUCGUGGACGCCAACUGGACCAAGGCCAUCAAGGUAGAGGGGCUGGACCUGAGCAUCGCGUUGAAGACGGAGGCCGAGUGGCCCAAGCGCCUGGACAGCCUGGACCGGUCGACGGCCACGGCGGCCACGAGAUUCAAAGAAAGUAAAAUGUUUGUUAAGAGGAUAGUUUGUUCUGUUUGGUCACAUGCUAAACAAGAAAUUGAUCAAUACUUCAAAUACUUGUGA